CCCCAAAUCACAAUGCCAGCCAGCAAGUUCAGAAAGAACAACCGUGCAGGUUUCAAACGUCCGUCGGAUGAUUCUCAUGAAAACGGUGCGAAGAAGCCGAAGGGCACUCCAAAAACAAAGUUUGGCAGAAAGGAGAUGAGAACCGUAACGAGAACCACCAGAAGAGGCCAGCACCAGGCAGAAGAGGCCCCACAACAGCAAACUCAAGGACACGAGUCUUCAGAAAGCGAGUAUGAUUCCGAUCAGGAUGGCGAAAAUAGCAGCGAGGCCACUAUGGCAUACAACGCGUUGUUGACGUUGCUCAAGAGCGAUCAUAAGGAAGAGAGGCCAAAGAAGAGCAGGAAGGUGGAAGUGGAAGCCAACGACAGUGAUGAUGCUUCUGAUGUGCAAGAAAACGCACAGCUUGUUUCUGACGACGAAACUGAGGCGGGCGUAAUUUCCAAGGAGGAAAUGGUUGCGGACGAUGCGAAUGAGCAGAACCAGGACGACCCAUUUGAAUCGCACUUCAGCUUGGUAUCCGAAAAGGAAAUUGCUCAGAAGCAAAAGUUUUUGGAGGAUGGAACGUUCAAAGUUUCGGACAAGGCCGUGUACCGUGAUCUUGGUUACAGCAAGACGAUUUCCACGCUUCCGCUUGAGGAAAAUACUAACAAAUCCACUGCCUCCGUUGGAUCUCUCAGUUCGUAUUCCAUCAAACAGAGAAUCUUGCUGCCGUUUAAUGACAAAUGCACGUUGGACGCUAAGGACAGAAUGAUCGUGGACCCGAUUUUCCAAUACCAGGACUUGUUGUACCCAACGGUGCAGCACGACAGCGACCACUACCAGAAGCUCUAUUGUUUGCACAUCUUGAAUCAUGUUUUCAAGACCAGAGACCGAAUCUUAAAGAACAACAGCAAACUUGCUCACUACACGGAGCUUAUGGCUAGCGGAAAGACGAGCAUAGAUCCGCCGGAGUUCCGUGACCAGGGUUACACCAGGCCGAAGGCAUUAAUCCUUGUGCCCACUCGCAACAAGGCGUACGAGAUCGUGGAGAUGCUCAUCCAGCUCAGUGGUGCAGAGCAGAAGGAGAACCGCAAGAAGUUUCAAGGACAGUUCUUUGACGAUAGUGAGGUGCCAGCGUCAAAGCCAGAGGACUUCAGAGCAACGUUCAAGGGGAACAAUGACGACAGAUUCAUCAUGGGGUUGAAGUUCACCAGAAAAUCUUUAAAGUUAUUUGCCAACUUUUACCAAUCUGACAUCAUCAUCGCAUCACCGUUGCGCAUCAACGACUUGAUUGUGGAAGACCACAAGCCGUAUGAUUUUCUCUCUUCGAUUGAGAUUCUUACUGUUGAUUCUACCAAUGACUUGGAGAUGCAGAACUGGACCUUUGUUGAGAACAUUUUCCAGUACUUGAACAAGAUUCCAAAAACAAAGCAUGACAUUGUGGACUUCUCCCGUGUCAAGAUGUGGUACAUCGAGGACCAGGCGCGCUACUUCCGCCAAACGUUGGUGUUUUCCAAGUACCUCACACCCCAGAUCAGCAACCUCGUGACAACCAAAUCGGUUAAUAUCGAGGGUAAGUGCAAAUUGAGACCGUUUGUGGCCGCCCCAGCCUCUGCGAUUAACAAAAACUUGAUCAAGUUGAAGCAGAUCUACACUAGGUUUGAAGCGUUUUCGCCAGUUGAGGGCCCCGAUGCCCGCUUCACCUACUUCUCUCAGGUGGUAUUGUCUGCCAUGAUCAAAACCACGUCAUACGAAGAUGGCUUGUUGAUCUACGUGCCUGAUCACGCGGAUGCCCACCGUGUAAAGAACUUCUUACGAGACCACUCGACCUUGAACUUCGAGUACAUUGACGAGUACACCUCCCAGUCACAGUUGACCAGAGCCAGACAGGACUUUGCCAACGGAAAGUGUAAGGCCUUGGUAUACACCGAGAGAUUGCACUACUAUCGCCGCUUGGAGCUCAAGGGUGUCAAGAAUAUUCUCUUCUACGCUCCGCCAAGCGACCCGGCCUUCUAUAGUGAGAUUAUUGGCUGCAUCGGCAAGACCGCCUUCCGCGAGGAGUGCGAGUUGGACUUGUGUUUCGCCAGAGUCCUCUACUCUAAAUGGGACGCCUUGAGCGUGGAGCGCUUGGUCGGCUCUGAGCGCGUCGGCAAGCUCUGUGGGACGAAGGACGAAGUCUUUGAAUUCCGUUAGAUGUAUACUAAUAAAGAUUGAAA